GUACCGCGACGUGGACGCGACCGUACCGCGCACUCCCCGGCCCUAACUCUAUCCUUAACUGGGUCAACCCCUCGUACGGGAUCCUCUGUGCAUUAGCCCCACGAGGGAGAGGAGACCUCGGCAGUAGCAGCGCGCCCGCGGCCAAAGAACACUGCCGUAGAGGUGUCCCCGUUUCUCCUCAUCUUUUUCGUUGUCCACGGAAAAGCGCGAAUCGCCUGAUUCAAUCGCGUCGUAAAACUCCCACUUUGCUUUUAAGCAGAUAAUCGAAGGAGUGGGAGAGAGGAGGGGGUUGUAAUUUUUAACGAGAGAUACGUAAAAUUUUUGACGAUGGGAUUUAUCGAUGAUCCAUAAAUAGAUCUGCAGUGAAAGCAACUGUACGUCGUACGGAGGGAGGGCUAAGAGAUCGAAUGAGAGCGUGAGAGCGUGAUCGGAAUAAAACAGCAAGAGAGAACGUCGUCAGAAAGAAUUAAAGAGGUGCGUGGAUGUUGGCGCGUCUCGAGAGAGGGCGAUUCUCGAUAUCCCGUUAAUAGAUAGUGAAGGAUAAUGCACGGUGAUAAAGGAUAACUCGGUACGUCUUGGGAUAAUAUUUUUUGCGAAAGGUCUCUUCUCGAUUCUUGCGAGCAUCUCGCGACGCGAUAAAAUCGAUAAGGUACAUGGGAUAAUUGAGAGACUCUUAGAAGUUCCAGUGCGUUUUUUCCAUAUCCUUGGAAAUCGCAAGCGCGAGAGAAAGUUGUGAGAAUAUUAAGUUGGGGAACGGAUUCUGCGAAUCUUUCGAACAAUUUGACGUGCUCGCGUUGGUUUUGCGAAUUUCAGUGACAUGCUAUUCGAUAUUAGCAGCAUCGAUCGAAGUGCGAUAUCUCCGAAGAAUUCUAACGCGGAACAUCCUGGGUCAUCGAGAAUCAUCGAGGAAAGUGCCGAAAUAUGUUUGUGAAGCUCGUGGUUUGCGUCGUUCGCCUUUCUCCGCAUCUUUCAUGUUAAAAGUAAAAUUACGUGCAUCGGUAUCUCGAAAUCACCUCUUGGGCACGUGGACAGCGCAGUGCUUGUGUGAAAAAUAAAUUAUAAAAGGAGCAUCGACGAAAGGUGCAAUCAUCACUCGGCAUGAAGGACAUGCAUUGGCUCGUUUGCACCUGCAUCCUCACGGCGACCACGGUGUUUUCCUGCCGGCAGAGCGAGUUUCAGUGCGCCAACGGGCACUGCGUUGCCCUCAACAAAGUCUGCAACGUUGUCGACGACUGCGGGGAUGGAAGCGACGAGACGCGUCCGUGCUCGCCUUGCAAUAAAACAUAUUAUGGCGACGUGGGGAAGACGUAUGAUUUGGAACUGCAUCGACCGAAAGAAGAUAAGGUGCCUUACAUUUGCAAGCUCACCUUUAACGCGCCAGGUGACGAUUUUGGUGAUAUCGUGCAGCUGACCUUCGACAGUUUUACCUUAGGGAAAUUUGUGUCGUUCACUGCGGAGGGAUGUCCCGAUGGAUCCUUGCAGAUCUCAGAGGCACAGCGUCCCGACGUCGGUGGUCUUUGGUGCGGCACAUCCUGGGGACCCGCGAUCUAUUACAGCGAAACACCCAGUGUCUCGAUCAUCCUCAAGCUGCUCAGGCUCAGCAAAGAUCAGACGGGAUUCAACUUUGACUUUAGGAUGGCGUACAAAAUGAUCAGGAAGUCCGACGCGGUGGUGCGUUACGGAAAUCCCUUCGUCGGAAUAACGCAGGUCGCCGGGAUGCCGGCGUCGACCGAGCGCACGUCCGUCGAGUACGCGAACACGUCGAUGGCGAUGCCGGUGCAAAUGGUCGAGCAACACGUGCCACUACCUACGAAGCCGAGCUCCGAGCAGUUCUUAGGGGACCUAAUAUCCGGAACUUAUUGCUCCCGUAUAUUCACCGACUGCGACCGGAAGAAGUGCAGAUUGCAGUCGCCCAACUUUCCCGGUCUCUAUCCCCGCAAUCUCACCUGCUAUUACGCGGUGAGACAGCAUGAAGUGCCGGCGGGCAAACACGCUUUAAUACACGUAAAACAGCCCCGAGGUCAAUUGGUAGCUGUAAGGGCGCGACCAGCUACUCAGGCCGAGCCGCCGCCCCGGGAGCUACGUCUUUGGCAAGAUUGCGAUGUCGUUCAGGAUUAUGUAACAGUGUAUGACGGAUACACCACCAGGGAGCCUGUGAUCCUAAAAUUUUGCGGCGGCGGAGAACCAGUACCGGAGGCCAUCAGCAGCGGUCCGGAGAUCCUUGUGGAGUUUACUACCUCCCCUUAUGGCACCUUCUUACAUCCAACGCCGCCCCAUUCCCUACAUGGAUUUCAAUUAGAAGUGCAAGUCACGUUCGUGGACGCCGAAUCGCCCACCUACGCCAAGAGUAAACGUUGCGAGUUCUGGCUGAGGGGCACCGGCGGUGGCGUCCUGUCGUCGCCCCGUCAUUCACUGCCGAGAAACAGCACGUGCUUGUACCAUCUUCGUGGCGCUGGUCCCACCCCGCCGAGCCCGACACCCCCGCGUCCGUUGCCCAAAUUUCCGGAGCAGAGACCCGGUACCGUCUGGAGGAGACCGGCCCCGAGACCGCCGCAGCCGCAGUUUCGCGUCUGGUUAUCCAUCCUCAAGUUCCACGUGGGCACCAAUCCGUCCACCACGGACGAGGAUUGCUCCACGACGCUGAUGGUCUGGGACGGCGAGAUGAUGCCGCUAUCGGAGUGCAACGAUGUCGUCUGUGAAAAAGAACGUCAACGUUACGCCGAGAGAAUGGGCGACCCGAUUCAACCCGUUCUUGCGCGUCCCGCGAGUAAUACUACAUUGCUAGCGAGAUACUGCAAGGAUAAAGUACCGAAGACUUGCGAUCACGCUAUUUUGCAGAAUACCAGUCGUCCGUGCUCUUUGGGGGAAAGCUUCGUCUCCUCUGGCAGCAGUCUAACUAUCGAGAUGCGCAUGAUUGAGUCAACGGCACUUAAACCCGUCAACUUUCGCGCUCUGUACGAAUUUGUCGAUCUCCACCAGGAUGGCGAUCCAUACGGUAGCGGACCAUGUUCCCGCAUCUUUUAUAGUCGCAACCGAGACCAUUACCCGGAUCGUAAAUUCCGGGGACCGCGCGAUAUAUUUCUGUACGGUCGUGGAGGGUCGAAGAAUAUAAGCUGCGUGUACCGCUUCGAAGGAGAACACGACGAGACGGUGAAGCUGAGGUUCAACAAGCUCCUCAAUGGGAAUCGCACCUGUCGCAGCGUUAACAGCACCGAUUUCAAUAGGCUGCUCUGCGUCGGCUCCGAGAACUUUUCCGUUAAGGUGCUCGACUUACCUUGGCCAAACGCGCCGCCCAUUCAACGCGAUUGUCUUUGCUCGAAUCGAUCGCUACCUAUCAAUAUCAAAUCCACCUCAAACAUCGCCGAGGUGCAUUUCACCGUUCUAUCUAUGGACACUUUGGAUGAUUACAACGAUCUCUUCUUCGAAGGCGUCUGGGAGUUUGUCAAGACGGUGCAUGCAGAAUGCAUGCAGAAACGCAGAGUCAGGGGGCCGUCUGGUGAAAUUAAAUACACAUCACCAUCCGAGGAAAAUGAGAAAAAUUGCGAGAACCAGCCGUGGCUAAUCGAUCCCGGUCCGGGUCAAUAUUUAUACGUGAAAAUGCACGGCAUAAUUAUGUCGAACAACACGAAGUGCGCGACCAAGAAUCGCAUCGUCGUGCACACGGGCGGCGCGAUCCACGUGUCAGUUUGUCCAAAGCCACCUGCUGACUCGAGGCAUCACGUGGUGGAAAUUUUCAGCGACGGUUGGGCCGUCAGCAGUAACGCGAUGAUACUCGCACCGGGACAGGAUCCGAUCAGGACCAUCGCCGUGGAAUUUAUCGUGGAAGAGCCAGCUUCCUACACGAUCACGUGGCUCGAGCUCACCAGAAGACCGUCAGUGACGUCAACAGCGGGUCUGCAAAUGUCGCGGGAUUGCGAACAACGUUGUCCGGAACUGGACGCCUGCAUAAACGCCUCGCUUUGGUGCGACGGCGUGUCCCAUUGUCCCUCCGGUUACGACGAGGCCCUGACGCACUGCUCCGUACUGCUGCGGCUGCCACCUCUGCAGCUAGCCCUGGGUGCGCUCGUCAUCAUCACCGUUCUCGGUGUCGCUUGCUUCAUCAUCUGGCGGAUCUGUCGGCGGCGAGGCCGCCGUUCGAUAUCCCAGCACCGUUUGAAGAGCAUCUCGUCCGAGACGGCGAUAAUCGACGGCAAGGAAGUGAUAUGCUGACACAGCGACAGUUCUGUGCGUUACGUCGAGGUUGAUCGGGUUACUACCGUGUGACGAUCGCCGUCGUCCACGUCGUCGUCGAUCCGGAUUCCGACGGUCCUCCAUAGACCAGCGGCCAGACUCUGCUCGGUCCUACUCUCCUGAAGAAGACGAGCCAGCUGUCGUCGUCGUCGUCGCCGGCGGAGGAUCCGCGGAAUUGCCUCCGCGUAACGCGCAGAACUGUCGCGUGCAAGAGAUGCAGCACGUUAGAUGGAAGAAUCAGAGUUCGCACCUAUGAUCGCAAAACGCGUUCGAUGCUCGAUGUCUCGGGCGAGUGGGAGAGCGCCUUCUUUUUUUUUUUUUUUUUUUAUCGAACAAACGGAUUUCGUUCCCGAUCGGAUGUUCUAGUCGAGAGAGGUGGAUCUCGUUUUAGAUUCAAGAAACAAUGACAGCCGAGAGGAGCAGAGAGUUGAAAGAGUCGGAUGAUCUGAUUAAUAGGAAGUGUCAAGAAUUAUAGUAUAGAGCAGUGAUUGAAAUGUUCUUAGGAUUAUAAGUCCAAUGAUGUCUACAUCGGAACCAGGGGUGCGAAAGAAAACGUGUAACGGCGGAUUAAUCCAGCGUGUUUGUUGUAACUUUUCAUUGAUCAACGUUGCAGCAGCCGUCUGGCUCUAUUUAAUAAUUUCUAACAAUAUACUGCCAAUUCACAAUUUUCUCAUUUUAUAAGAGACUGAAUCAUUUUAUAUAUAUAUAUAACUUUUUAAAUAAAGAGAGAGAUUUAAAUAUAUCUGACAAACUACAUUUACCUGAUGGCCAAUUUUUGUAGUAAACGCGUAAAAUUUAGAUGCGCAUCGCAGCAAACGCGUUAUCAAGUUCUCGGCCGAAAGCUACAGCAGACAUCGAAACAAUCACUGCCGCGAUAGCCGGCAAAUUCCGGAAGUUGUCGAAUUUUGAUACCUUUUGUUACCUUCGCGCGUUCGACGCCUUAUUACUUUUCGAAGAACCGUUACACGUCCCAUCCACGCGAAAGUUUUCACAAUUACCUAUCAAACUGCCCAAAAGUCAUCCCGAAAUGAGGAUUAAAAAAAAAAAAGAGAGUGAACAGUAAGUCGCAGAAUUAAAGUGCGAAUUACUUCAACGAGGACAAUAAAUAAUAAAAUCCUAGUAGUAUGUCACUAUUACGGUAGAAUGGCUUAGUGACGAUCGAACGACGCUGCGCCUUGAUCAGAUGUUCGACGGUUAGCACAGCAGUAAGUAAAUAUAUAUAGUAAGUGAUUAUAUAUAUUUUGGCGGUGCGUAAUGCCCGAGAAUUAAUGCUAUAAUAAGUAAACGACGGGCUUAGUAGAUCGAUAAUGCGCUGUUAGCGGAUUAGCAAGUUAUUAUGGACCAGUUUCAUCAAUAUCAGUUGACCUUAACCGCACUUUAACGGUUUGAUUACCGCAAAGUUCAAUGUAGCAACGUAGUUAAAUUAAAACUGUAAUUAUAACAGACAUUAAUGAAACCGGUCUCUGCAUCAUUUUGUCUCAUUUUCUAAUAUUAACCGGCAAAAAACUGAUUUAAAGCCAUAUUUUAUCCAAUUAACAGAUAUACAAAAUAUAUAUAUUUGAUAUCACACACGCGAUAUCGAGCAUUAUUGUGUAAAAUAAUGUUCGAGAGAUCGUGGAGCGGAGCGAAUUUUCGUGGCUAUCGAUGACGAUUAAUUCACCAAGGCGCCACGUCGAUCCGAUUGACACAUCUUGAUUAAGAAACACCUCGUUCACAGAAAUCCGAGGCAUCGAGCGUCGCGCGCAACACGUGCUAGUACUAACUACGUUAGUUCUUCUUGGUAAUAGAAUAGACAAGUGAUUCUACACACAAAGCGGAGCGAGAGCCUUCUGUCUCGUCUCGUGCUCCUUUUUUCUUUUUAAACGCGCGUGACAUGACUCACACGAGAUUGUCUGUAAAAAAUAAUAGAUAAUUCGGAAAUGGUCGGACGCGCUCGCAAUGUCGCGCGCGUCAAGUCGUCGCAUCGUUAUCGUUACUAGAUAAAUUAAGACGUCGAUCGAAGAAGAUACUAGAUACUUAAUGCAACGUGACGUACCAUAUUGCGGCCGUGGUAACGCAAGAAACUUCGAAGUCUCGUUACCACCUAUCGUUUACUGCCAAAAGUAGUCGAUUACACGUCGCCGACAGCGAAUAAAAAAUUUCGAAUAGUUACACGCGUUCAUAGAGUUUUAUUACAAGCCGUUUCGUUGCGUCAAUUUAUCAUUUCGUGAGCGCGCGAUACGGUAAAAUAGCGAAGAUCUCCUUUACGUAUCAUGGCCGCAGACCUCUUUCGGACGUCUGCAUUGCGCUUAAGCCGCGCCUCGAUGUCAGCAAAUGCAAUUGCAAUCUGAGAUGUAAACAAUCGAGAUAAGAUUUGCGCGAUUAUAAGACGGAAAAUCUCACUGACUCGAUUGGCCGAGAAAUAUAGAUGAAUGGAAACGUAGUUGCACGAGGCGAGCUAAGCAUCGAGGUGUAGCCUCAGCGAGAAAAAAAUUCAGAUAGAGAUACUGACCAAGUUUAAAGCGAUAGCCGACUUUAGGCGACUUAAUUAUUCACUUUAGCGAUCUCGCUGCUGAAGGAGCGAAUAAUAUGUAGAUUAAUCAGUAGCCUGAAAUUAUGUGAUAAUAUAUAAUGCUGUUUUCCUCGGAGCUGUGCUCCGACAUUAUUGUUAAUGCCGGGCGAACGCGAGAACAUUCUCGCGGAUCAAUAUUCGAGAAGGGCCACAUUUCCUUCCUCUCGUUAUACUUUCAACGUAACAUGGCAACAUGUUAUGUUAAAAUUGAGAAUGAAGGAAAGUUUAGCGAGACGGAAUGAAAUAGAGUGGCCGAAUGUGGCAGUUCAUCUUGAUUACGCAUACGAAAGCACACCGACGUCACCGUCGCGGCUUGUAUACCUUGUUCAUACUUGUACAUAAUCGAUUAUUUAUCUAUUUGUAUCGAAUAACGAUGUUGCAUGUACACUUCCGCUCGCAUGUUUCAAAACGGGCACAUAUUCUCAUUUCAAUUAUUUUAAAUUUGUGAAGAUUAAAUUUGCACGCACACACAAAUACACAUUUCCAAUUUUCCUUACUCAAUUUUAUGGCUACCGUUAUCAUCCGACCGUUCAAUUUUAAUCAGCAAUUCAGAGGCGACGUGAUGAACGAGCUUCACCCGUAUAUAUUUUCGCCUUCGCAUUAAUUAGUGAAGAUAAAAUUACAAAGUUUUCAAUAUACGAUUACGAGUGUUGCUAAGGAGAUCGUAAAUAUAGCAGUUAUAAGAAAAAGAGCAACCGUUUAAUGAUCCCAAAGUGCGAUCGAUAACGAGGUCGCAGUUUUAUCGAAUCCACCAUUUGUAUUUUAUAACUAGCUCGUUAUGUCACAAUGUCAAGCGAUAAAAUUUUGACAUUUAUAACUACAACUCGUAGGACUUUUAGUACAACGCGUGACCUGUAUUCUGUAUGUUACCUGUAGCCUGUCUCGAUAAAAAUUGCACAAGUGUCGCACAAACUCUGAAGAGAUCACUACUUCUUGCUAAUAUAUGAGACACAGUUGAUACGAAACUAGUCUCUUCUAAUUGACAAAAAUAAAUUCUCAAAAAGAAAAAAUUCUGGUCAACAAGAGAUCUUUAAAUAAUACAACAAUACAAGAAUUACAUAAAUAGCUUUUUUCGUACAAUGUAUGUAUAUCGAUUACUGCGAGCGGAAGUUCGCAUCUUGUCGUUUUACUACUCAAUAAGCGUAGACCUUCAGAAAAAUCACGAUAGAAUCGCGUAUAUUCUCUCGAAAAACAAGAUUCACUCAGAACGGAAUAAAAAAGACGACAGAAGCUUAAAAAAAAGUCAACGAAAGAAGAAAAGUAGUGUGCUGAUAUCGCACGCUGUCAGCUAACCGGAAAUACCGCCAAAUACUCUCUCGUUAUUUUCGUGCGUAUACGAAUAAUAAUUGACGCGUAUAUAACCGAAGAAUGCGAGAAAAAAAGAUUCUAGACGUGAUGUAUGAUAUUAUCAAGUUCUUUACAAAAAACAUUGAAUGGAAAAAAUUAUACUACAUUAUGAUUGAAUCUAUGAAACAAAUUUCAAUUUCAUUCUUAUUCUAUUAUCUUUGAAAACACGUAUGAUAUAUACGAGUUCCGUUUUGGUCGACAUUCUGCGGGAAGAUAAGAUUUACAGUGUUACGUUGUAAGUGAUAGCGUUACGGAUUAGUCAGACUAUGGGAAGCAACGCAUGCAACGUAUGUCACGCAAAUUGAUUUGAUUAAUUACGAUCUUGUGUUAAAUCAGAAAGAAGCAAUACAAGUUUUCUAUCGAAAAGGAGGUCACGAUUUUAUGAUUUUUUAUCUCUAUACCCGCAAAUUUUUUAUACCUUAAUCCUUUUUCUCCCUUUUGUGCAAUAUUAUGGAAUGACUCACAAAGUAACCAAAUACUCACAAAAUGCUAUUUAUUAAAACAUAAGAUGUCAUAUCGUUGCAAAAAAGGCCUUUUUUAAGUAAACAAAAAAAUGACAUAAAAUGCAACUGGAUUUAAGGAAAAAAUGAAUAUUUUCUAACGAUUGAAAAAGAUAUUUGCUCGUAUCACAAUGAAUAUCAGAAUAAAUUGUGCUAAUUAUGUUUAAAAGUUUUCGUUUUUAUCUGGGACCAAAUAUAUAGUUUCAUUUAAUACUCGGCCUGUCAAUAACGUAAUGGUUUUACAUAAUAUACAUCUUAAACAAGAAUAUCGAAAUUCUAAUUCACAUGACUGAUUUGUGAAGGAGAAUUAAAGACUGAUUAUUUACAACAUUUAUAUAUAGGUUGCUUUUAUUAAAACAAUUUGUACUGCCACGCAUAAAUUUUUUUUACGGGAGUCAAUAACUUUGUCACUCAAUUAUUUGUAACUGUUGAUGGAUUUAAAUAAAAUACAAAAUAAAAUGUUGUAUAUUCGUGAAAAAAAAAUCGUAAAAUAUACCAAGAUUGCAUAAUUUAAGUGACCACAAUCACUAGUGGACUGGAAGAAUAAAUUUUUCAAUCUAUUUUAUACACAAUUUCUGUAAUAAUAACUUCCAUAAUUUAAAGUUACAGUUUAAGCCGAACGCAACGAUAUCAGCUUUAAAGCCAUGACCCAGAUACGGAGCCAUCAUUCCCUGAUGUGUUUCAACGCCGGAGAGAAAUCUUUCUAAAAAUAAGUCAUUGAAGGUCUUCUUCUAAUUAUGUUAAUCGUUUCUAACACGAGCAAAUUAAUUCACGGAAUAGCACAUAAUUAAUUGCAACCUGAAUAAUUGCACGCACAAGCACAAUUAUAUCAUUUUCCAUUUACAACGGAAACAAUUUUAAUUCUCCGAAAGAGAUAUAAGUAAUGAAAAACUAAUUGUUCUACAAAACGCGAGUGGUGACCUCCUUUUAAAAUUGAUUGUUGUAUUUUAAACGACGGUAUAUAAAAAUGAAAAUUUAUUUUGACAAAAUUUACGUCGAUCGUGUCAUCCUUUCGACGCUAACAGAGGCGUUGCAUGAUAAUCUUAUCUCAUAAUCAUUUAUGCAUCACGAAGACAUGAAAUUUCCAUCACACCAAAUUAUCACAUGCGUAACCGCACACAUCCGGAGAGCUGCAAGAAACGAUUACGAGAAAUAUGUCAUCGCGUGUAUAGUACUGCCUUUGAAAGCCACCGUGUUCGCAUAUCCGACGACAGUAAAAGUUUACUGGCCAUGGGACGCAUCGCCUGAUAGUGCAUCGUAUUUCGCUGCUGUCGGGGGUGAAUCGCGACAUCGACGUCCGCCAUUGCCAUUUAUUACAGGGCAGAGCGAUAAAAUUUUAUUAUCGCAGUGUGCACGUAAUCGUGCUACUAUUCCCUCGCGUCUAUGAAUAUCUCGCAUUUGAGAAUUAAAGAGUGCACGAUUAACGUCACAAAAUCGGCGAACUAAGACGCCCCAAUCUCUCAUUGAAACAACGCUUUAUUCAUUGAUUUGUUGCACAAAUUUGACGAUAAAGCAAUGUCUCGUCGGAAAUUAUUAUAAUAUGCUGCCGAUAACUCGAUGUAAAAUCACAUGUGAAGCUGCUACUAAUUCUCGAGUAGAUAGCUUCAUAAUUUAUCUAUGCUAGACCUUAUUAACGGCGAAUAAAGACAGAUAAAAGUAUGUAUGUGUUUAAACAAUCGUUUAAAAUUUAAAAGCCGAUCGGAGGAUGCGUAAUUGCUUAUCGAAACGUUGCAGGAGAGAAUCGACAUUUAAUCUUCGCCAUCUAAGACAGGAUGAAACUUCGGUCUAAGUCUAAGGAUUAAAUAAAAUUUUAAUGUAGGACAAAGUUACGCUUCUCUUAUGAGAUGCGAAGUCUGAAGAACCUGACCUUUUACUCGCCACGCCAAAAUUAAGAAUAUUGCGAAACUUUGUAAUUGAUAUCGCUAUAAAAUAAAUUAAGUUCAUUUUAAAAACGAUAUAAGUUUAGUCUUGAAGUACUACAAUUUUCAACGUGAUGUAUAAAUUGCUACAAUAUCUCGAUCUAAUAUAUUUUAUAAACUAGACUUAUAUCGCUCACAAAAUAAACCAGUUAGCCACAUUAAAUUGUUGCGUAUGAAAAAUGUCAGAUUCCAAAAGUUUUAUAUCAGUUUUAUGGAAAGUUCUUAUAAAGUAUAAAUCUUUUGCUAAUCAAGUAUUAUCACGCGUAAAAUUUUACAAAAGUAUGUUUUAGUUUUUGCAAAAUAAAUAUUAAUAAAUGUAUAGAAAUAUA